UCUAUAGUCACAUUUCACACUGACCGAUUUACACAGGCACACAGCACAGUGAGUCUGAUCGAUGCGUUGUAGCUUGGGUUUUUACAUCAUAGAUACCGCAUUGAAUCCAAGAGAGUGACAUACUGGCCCUAACCCCAACAUAUCUGCAGAUAACUAUACAUUGUUACUUUUAAAAGACGAAAAGGAAGACAUUCCAGCUCUUCUUUUUUUUUUGGCAAAGUGAUUUUUAAAGAACGCAACUCGCACAUGAAUCUGGUUGAAACAGCGCUUGGAUGGAAAAAAGUACAGCCCGAUUGAAAAGAAAAGGACGAAGAGCAAGGAACAACUUGAAAAGUUAAGUUAAAUAAACUUUUCGUCGUAUACCACCCAGAUUGUAUAAAAAAGAAAGGGUUUCUCACUGCAGACAGCUGUAAUCCAAAUCCGAUGCAAUGGACGGGUUUGUACGGAAGUGAAACGCAGCUUGGCUGUCUCUAUAAUUUUUGUUGGAUAGGUUUUUUUCUGGCUGUUGAAUUACAGUAAACAGAAAAUCGUAUACAGGAAAACAGGUAACACGAAUAAUUGGAAGAAAAAAAUGUUUUAAAUACGACGAAAGGAACAGACGCAUUUCUUGGGGUAGAUCUGACUACCUUAAGUUCUUUUCCGUUGUGAUCUCAGGACUGAACAGGGGCUUUCAGUGUUUGUUGCGUUCUCCUUAUGUGUAUAUUUAAACAAGUAGAUACAAAACGAGUACAUAAAGGUAACUUAUUUGGAAAUGACAGACAGAGGCCUUUAAAAGCAAGAAUACGUUGUUUAUUUUGGAAUUCUAGUUUACGUUUUCAUUUCCACAGAGAAAAUAGAUAAAGUUUAUUUUACUAUUUUAUUUUUAUAUUAUUUUUCUCGUGCAUCUACUCCAAGACUCUAAAGUGCUUAAAAAACAAACAAACAAACAAAAAAAAAACACGAAAACUCUCCCCAAAGGAAAUGCCAAUCGCUACAACUUCCCAGCCCAAACAGGAACCCUGUCUUUACUCCCGGCUGCGCACCAUUUCCGACGCAGUCCCCAAGCAGGGGCAUGUUAGUGAAGACAGGGGGGUGGUUUCACCCGACCAGAUUGAGGGGGUUGGCGGUGGAGCGGAGGGGGGCAGUGGCAGCAGCAGGCUGCUGGCGGCUUCCUCUUCCUCUCCUCCUUCCCAAUCCCCCCCUAUCUCCUCCCCCCUAACCUCGUCCUAUCAUCAGCAACCCCCUCUCAUGGAGCCCCCCAGGACUCGGUCCCGGUCUAGGUCUGGGUUUCUCAACCACAACAUGACCAGUAGUUGUUAUAACAAUUUUACUAAUAGCGGCGGCCACUUCACCCAUCACAGCCUCGGCUGUGAUACAACUGGUGUCCACCCCACAGAGAAUCAACGAACGGCGGGGAGUAACCCGACCUUCAGUAACGUGAGAGCUGCACCCCCAGGAGCACCUUCAGCAGGAGGUGUUGGGGCUGCUUUUCAUAGACAGUCAGUACAUCAGGAGCACACCUGCAAUGAAGACAGCGACAAGAGUGAAGACAGCCCGAGCCCCAAGCGCCAGCGGCUUUCUCAUUCAGUCUUCGAUUUCACCUCUGCCUCCCCUGCCCCAUCUCCACCAAUGAGACCAUGGGAGAUGCCAUCAAAUCGUCGGCCCCCUUCAGCUAGACCCAACCAACACCAUUUCUCAGGGGAAAGAUGCAACACACCAGCUCGGAACAGGAGGAGCCCUCCCGUUAGACGUCAGCGGGGGAGGAGGGACCGGAUCCCACGACACAACUCAAUCAGCCAGGAUGAGAACUACCACCACCUCACGUAUGGACAGCAGCCGAGUAUGGAGGAGCCUCGCGCCUUCCACCCCCCUAGCGUUUCCCCGCGUCUGCUGCACCCUGCUAUCCACCCCCCGCAGCAGAACGCAGUCAUGGUGGACAUCCACGAGCAGAUUCAUCAGGGCACAGUUCCGGUCUCUUACACGGUCACCACAGUAGCUCCACAUGGGAUUCCACUUUGCACAGGCCAGCACAUCCCAGCAUGCAAUACACAGCAGGUGCCAGGAUGUUCGGUGGUAUUCAGUGGCCAGCACUACCCUGUGUGCAGUGUGCCUCCUCCGAUGCUGCAGACGUGCUCAGUCCAGCACUUGCCAGUCCCUUAUGCAUUCUCUCCCCUCAUCUCAAGCGAUCCCUUUCUAAUACACCCGCCCCACCUCUCUCAUCACCCUCCGCACUUGCCUCCUGCAGGUCAGUUUGUACCUUUCCAGGCUCAGCAGUCACGAUCGCCAUUGCAGAGGAUAGAGAAUGAAGUAGAGCUGCUGGGAGAUCACCUUUCUGUGGGCGGGGGUUUCACUUACCCCCCUUCAGUGCACCCCACCGCCCUGCCUCCCUCCGGACCCCUUCAGUUCCUCUCACAUGAUCCCCUCCACCAGGAGCUCUUUGGAGUACCUUAUCCACACUUCAUGCCUAGAAGAAUCACAGGUCGCAGAUAUCGAUCCCAGCAGACAUUGCCACCUCCGCCCUAUCACCCCAGCUUCCUGCCGUACUUCCUCUCAAUGCUUCCAGUGCAGCCCACUGUGGGACCAGCCUUUAGUUUAGAACUUGACGUGGAUGAUGGCGAAGUAGAAAACUAUGAGGCGCUGCUAAACCUGGCAGAGCGACUAGGAGAAGCCAAACCCAGGGGCCUGACGAAGGCAGACAUUGAACAGCUUCCAUCCUACAGGUUCAACCCCAACAACCACCAGUCUGAACAGACCUUGUGUGUAGUUUGUAUGUGUGAUUUUGAGUCCAGGCAGCUACUUCGAGUCUUACCCUGUAACCAUGAGUUCCAUGCCAAGUGUGUUGACAAAUGGCUAAAGGCAAACCGUACCUGUCCAAUCUGCAGAGCUGAUGCUUCAGAAGUGCAUCGUGAUUCUGAAUGACCAAUGAAAUAACACCAUUCUUGUCUGGGUGUUCCUAUUUACAUGUAUAUACAGACUUCUCAUUGAACUUACUCCUCAUGUGUCCCUCAUUUAUCUUUAUUUUGGCUUCCAGCCUUCCUUUUUACACAAAAAAAAAAUGUGACCUUUCUUUGCACUGUGUGAUUUAAUCAAAAUAUUAAGCCUCUAUAGUCUUCAAUUAUGAAUUAUGGGAUUGUUUAUACUAACUGUCUGAUUGGAACUCCAAAGAUUAUAAUAAUUAUGUCUAUUAUUGUUAUUAUUAUUAUUAUUAUUAGCUUCGUUUUUAUAUGUGUGCACUAACAUUCCCCAGUGUUAUAUGUGUGUGCACUGACAUUCCCCGGUGUUGUGUGUGUGUGCACUGACUUUCCCCGGUGUGUGUGUGCAUUCUGCUUUUUGAGUGUUGCGCUAAAGAUUACAGUGGACGUGAUCUUUAAGCAUGCCCUUUUUAUAUAUGAACAUGUAUAUAAAAGAAAAAAAAGAAAUGUGGUAGGUGAAAAAGCCGAAUAUAGCAAUCUACUUUAUAUAGAGCCUUUAGAGACUGUGAGCUGGUGCGAUCGCAGUGUGGAUGAGCAUGUGCUUGUAGCCACAUGUACUUGUGUGAAUAUGUGCGUAAGCGGGUUUGCUUUUUCAAGAAUGAAUGUAAUUGGUAACCCUUAUAUGCCUGCAUGUAAUGAGACAGGUGUGGGUUUGUGUACGUGUGUGAUAUUAAUUAUCCCGCCAUAUAUAAUCUUGUGUGUUAUUUAUACAGUACUAGUACUGUACACAGGUUUCUUCCUUUUAUAUCCUAGCUGCGCACUGAAUUCUCAGGGUACAGCAAGUCUUGAAUCGUAUGUAGUUUGGCUUUUCUGGCCUCUUCUGAGAACACGUCAUUGUUACACAAACCGUGCGCUUGUCCUUUUUCCUUUUACUUUUUGACAUAAACAUGCUGGUGUGUGGAAAUGGUCUUUUUCUCAUGGCAGGAUGUUUGAAAGGAUUGCUUUUGAUUUUGCUCUACACUGCUAGAUUAAAGUCGUAAAUAUUUCUACACAAACUUUUUCAGAUUUUCCCCCAAAAAUUUUAGCUAUAAGGGAUUGAGAUACCCACUAACCAAUGAUUUCAAAACUGAAGAAAUAGAGAAAAAAAUAUUCUUCUAAAUUUUUUGUCUGAAAGCCACCUUUAUUUACAAUGUGACUAUGAAUUCUCAAAUGUGUAUUUUGUUUUGUGUAUUCAGAUUUCAGGAAUCACCUCUAUACUGCCAGAAACAUUGAGCUAAUAACAUACUGAUAUGUUAAUGUAGUCCUAAUUGGAAAUAACUUUCCAUUAUACAGUUGUUUGUGGUGCAAAGAAAAAAGCAUUUUGCCCCUAAAACAAUAACAAAACCAUUUGGCAACACAUCAGAACAAAGGAGAACCAACAGUGACUUGAUUAUUAAACUGGAAGAUUUUUUCCUGCUGGUUAUAUAUGAAUAGAUGCAUAAUUUAGGGUGAUCUGCAGAAAGCACUCCUAAAACACAGAUGUAACAAUACACUACACUCUAGGGUAUUUUUUGAAUAGCUGAAUAGUUGUAGAUUCCAAUACCAUUAUUGUAAAAUAAAUAAAACUGCUUAUUCUUAGACCUUUUUCCAUUUAUUAUAUUUUGUGAUGGUAAUAAAAUACCCCAUGGGUGGGGGGACACAAGUGGAAUCAAAGUAGAGUUAAAGGGUACUGGUAUUUAAAUCCACCUUUUUAAUAAAAAAAAUAUAUCUCUGUCUACUGUUCAUUAAUUUAUCACUUAAAAAAUGUGCCGUACUUCAACAUCUGGGUCUCUCGUUCCAUGGGCUGUGCUGCACCUUGCCAAUGUCUAAGUGCUGCUUUGUUCCCCACCACUACACCCCAAACUUCUACAACAGCAUUGUGUCAGCUGCAAUGUUGCUGCUUAGCACAUUUUGGUUGUCAAUUGUAACUUUUUAAAUUUAAUUUUUAACAGCACAAAUACAAAUUUCCUUAUUUGCCAGACCAUCAAAUACUAUUGCCUCUUACAAGGUCAUUUGUAGGAGAUUGAGGGUGGUAGGGGCAGGGUUUAUGAUUAGACUUACUCCUUUCCAGUGUUUAUUUUUUAGGGACUCACAAAGUACUGCAAUAAGCCACUAAUCUUUUAAAGUACACAUUUAACAGGUUCUCCACCUUCAGUUUGUCAUUUCUAACCAGCUAAGCUUGUUCUGCUGCUGGUCAGAAGCAAAACAUAAAUGGAAAAUGAUCGCAUUAAGCAGCAAAACACUUGCAACCUUUCACACAAUUAACAGGGUUCUUCAUAUAUCAAUGAAGAACCAGGGUUGGCUCAAAAAUAAAUAAGGUAAAAGGUGAUUGAUUUAUUAUGGUAUUUUGUGCCCCCACAUCUGAAAAAUGAGUGUUGAAAAGGAGCAAGCCUGUUCAUGAAUGUCAUGCUUGUAUGAUUUUUUAAGCCAAAAUGAACAGCCCCAGUAGUAUUUUUCACAGUAGAUAAUAAUGUGUUUGCAAACAGUUGCCUUAUUGCGAUGUGUAUGGAGACCAACCAGUGGCUUAAAUAGUGUGAACAAAAGUCAUGCCAGAAUGUUUUAACAUGUGUAUUUAAAACAGUCAUAUUCAUAAUCAAAUAGUAAUUCACAUCAUAAUUAUCCUUUAUUUGCCUAUAAUACUACAGUCUAAAACUGAAAUGUCUGUUGUCCGCUGUUGCAAAUUGAAGUGAUUGUUAGUGUGACAGAUAUGUGAAUGCAGUUCAUUUCCUGUUGCUGCCAUUGUUUCCUAGGUUUGGGUGUGACAGGUAGUUGAGUUGCGUACUGUAUGAAUGUGGGCUGUAUUGGAUUCUUGUAUCUGCUGGAUACAAGUGUGUGCAGGAGCAUUUUAUUCACUGGCUAAUUUGACUAUUGGUUUUAUCAAUAUGUGGUUCCAAAAAACAUGUAUGCAGGAGACCAGACAAUUCCAUCAUUUUUAUUCAAAUUAUUCGUUUGUUUUGGGUUGUUUUCCUCCCUAAUAAUUGUGCUCUUGAGAUGGUUAUUACCUCAGCCCAUAUCCUUAGCUAGUAGGCUGAGAUUUCUGGGAUUGCAUUCUAGCCAACCAUCAGUUUAGCAAGUGGCAACAGCUGUACUGUACAAGCCAUAGUAUGAGAACGGUAGUGCAAUGGUAUGUGGAUCAUUUGAGGGGGUGGGGAGCAGGAGCUUUAGGCUUUACACAAUAAUGGAUGCACAAAAGAUUGUAAACUAAGAUUUAAACUAUUUUUUUAAGUGAGGUGGGGUGGGGUGGGGCUACCAUUAUUAUAAACUUACUACAGAACAGAACCUAUUACUGAAAUGCACACCUAUUACAGGUGUGUGCAGUCAGCUUGGUGCUCCAGCACAGUAUUGGAAUAAAUUAAGAAAGAAAACAUUUAAAAAAAACUAAUAAAAUAUACAGUUUAUAAAAUAUAUAGCUUUAAGUACAGAAUUUGGGGUUACUUUUUGUAUGAAACUGACACAAAUUCAAAUUAGGAUGAUUCAUUGUUCUGGAGAGUUGUUCACACCAAAUUGAAUUGUCACACUCUCUUAAGGAUAACCACUUCAGUAACUGUUUAUUUCAUGGAUUGUGAGAAGUAGGCUUUCUUCCGAAGCUAGGUAUUUAUAAAACUAAAGCACACACGCACACAGUCUCAAACAACCCAGCUUGCAGCAGGCAGUGGGAGGAAAGGUGAUUAACUGCCAUGUGUUGUAAUGAAGAUAAAUGUAAUUAGAAGCCUCCACAGCAUGUAUGGUACACAAAGCAUCAGGACUCAGUAGGAUUUUGCUUUGCUUGUGUUGCCCAGGCCAUGUCUGAGCAUGCUGUACUAUCCAUUUGUGUUUUUGCAUGAUUUUGCCCCCCAUUUUACAGUGCUGAGAAAAAGUUUGUGAACCCCUUACAAUUUUCACAUAUUUCAAACCUAAAAUGUUAUUAGAUCUUAA